CUUAUGCUGACGGAGCGGAGCCAGCAGCGCUAGGAUGGUGCUGCUGGAGAGUGAGCAGUUCCUGACGGAGCUGACCAGGCUCUUCCAGAAGUGCCGGUUGUCGGGCAGCGUGUUCAUCACCCUGAAGAAGUAUGAUGGUCGAACUAAACCCAUUCCAAGGAAGGGUUCUGUGGAGGGCUUUGAGCCCUCAGACAACAAGUGUCUGUUAAGAGCUACUGACGGGAAAAAGAAGAUCAGCACUGUGGUGAGCUCCAAAGAAGUGAAUAAGUUUCAGAUGGCUUACUCAAACCUACUGAGAGCUAACAUGGAUGGGCUGAAGAAGAGGGACAAAAAGAGCAAGAGUAAGAAGAGCAAAGCAGCGCAGUGAAGGGCACCAGCUUCCCGCGUUCACCAGUUAACCACUGAAUUGCUAUUUUUCCUUUGGUUUUUCCUUUUGGCCACAAAGCUGGGUUUCUGAUUCCCCUACAAUAACUGUUUUCAUGUGAGAUUAGGGUCAUUUUUGGAUGGAAGAAGGGCUGCAGUGUUUACAGGGUAGUUACAAGAAGCCAGUUUAUUUUAUAUCUGGCUAAGUGGUCUGUGUUGUGUGGUUGUAUGUUUCUGGAUAAUAGUUUACAGUCUCUGUAGCCGUCUGUGAAGAGCACUGUAUCAUUAAACCUGUAUUUAUCAGU